AUGCGACAGGUAUGGCUACUGUUGGUCGCGUUAGUCGCCGCAAUAUCAGCAGCACCGACUCCACAAAUGUGUGCAAAAUUCGCAAAAUUUGUUGAACAAUGGAAUCCGUUACCGGAAACGUUACUCACAUGGUCGAAGAAUAACUGCGACAAGAUUCAACCAAGGCCACGUGGUAUGACAUGUGAAGAUGUGCAGAGGUUCAUUGCUGACUGUAAUUACGGAGGUGGUGGACCAGCUGGAGGACCAGUUCUCGCCACAACUAAUCACGAUCUUGUCCAGAACUACUAUCAGAGGACAUAUGGUAAUUAUCCACGAGUACUUGGGAAAUACAUCUACUACAACUCUGCUACCGCUUCAGACUAUGGACAGUUUGGAAAUUGGUACUAUCCAAACUACUAUCCACCUACAUACCUAGGUUAUUACGAUGGACGUCCAGCAAGUAUUGCACAGUUAGAGAAUGACUACAAAUUUGCUAAAGGAGGACAUUAUCCAUAUAAUAGAGCCGACAAUAUUAUCAAUAUCGGACUUCAACAGACCUAUCUGCCCACAUGUCUUCAUGAUUUAUUCUACUGUAUAAGAGCAUCUCAACCGUCCCCAUAUCAACGCUAUUACGCCCAGCGAGAAGCAUUCCAUCGUGAGCGAACUCGCCAACACCGAACCAGAGAGGAGGACAGCGAUAGCGAUUAA